UUUCCCUCUCACAACAUGAAAACCUCAGCUUUAAAAGACCUCCUCCCUUCAUGUACUUAUCUCACCACACUUGAAUCAUCCUACUCAAACCUCACUCUCAAAUCUCCUCUUUCAACAUUCCAACUCUGCCACAUUUCCCUUUCACUACUUAAAAUACCCAAGAAUGUCCACUCCCUCAAAAUUCAACUCCCCUGACUCUUCCACAAUGCCUAUUCCAAUGGGAUUUUCCAUUCUUCAAAGAAACACAUCCCCCCCUCAGCUCACAGAGAGAAGAGGCCGUCGAAAGCAGGCCGAGCCAGGCCGCUUCCUAGGCGUAAGACGACGUCCCUGGGGGAGAUAUGCUGCAGAAAUCAGAGACCCUACUACUAAAGAAAGACACUGGCUUGGCACAUUUGAUACAGCUCAGGAAGCGGCACUUGCUUAUGACAGAGCUGCACUUUCUAUGAAAGGCACUCAAGCAAGAACCAACUUUAUUUACUCUGAAAACACUACUUUUCAUUCUCUGCUCUCUCCUCUUGAUGUUCAAACUUUGUUCCAGCCCUCUUCACAUUUCCUCACCACAACUCAAACCAAACUCCCCACAACUCAGAUCACUAGUUCAUGCCAGGUUUUUAGUACUGCUAAGACUACUCCAGUUCAAUCAGACACUUCCUCAUCGCAAUCUUCCUACGGCUCUUCCCCUACUGAUAACUUCUUUUUCUCGAGUGAUCAUAGCUCAAACUCCGGGUACUUGGAGUGCAUUGUGCCUGACAACUAUCUAAACCCUCCAUCAAACAACAAUGCAGCCAAAAAAGAUGAAAGUUUCUGCACUGCAGCCACAAGGGCUAAUACCAAUAACUUCUUGGAAUCAAUUCCAUCACAACUCUGCGAUGGAAAUGCAUUUUCUGCUAUCGAUGCAGUAAGCGUUGCCACGAUGGCCUCAAACCCGGGAGAUGUCAGUAACAUGAACAACAUUCCAUACUGUUAUCAUGAGAUCAGUAAUAAUGGGUACUGGCAAGGUGAUCAGAAGCCCUGGGAGAUGAAUUCUUAUGAAGCCGAGGCGAUGAUCAACAACCCAUUACUGGUGGAAGAUGCAUGCAUGGGGCAUCUGUAUCCCGUGAUCACGGAUAAUCUGAGCUACGGUUCAUACGAGUCGAUGGCUUCCCUGAAUUCGUCGUCGACAAGUUGUGCAUCUCUGCUUCCUGCUUUCGGUGAUAAUGUGGUUGGUCUGGGAUACUCUCCCUUUUAAGUAGCAGUGUUUAUGAUCCCAAGUUGUGAUGAUAAAGUACUAAGAUUAUAUAUAAUUACAUAUCAAGCACCUGCCUAUUUUUGUGUUAAGUUCUAGCAUUUCCUAUAUGCAUUCAAGAUUUCAAGACUUUGAUAUUGUACCUGUAACUACUAAAUAUAAAUUAGAGUGGAAAGAUCUGCAUUUCAUCCUGUUUGUUUCUUCCUUGCAGAGAUUUUAAAACUGACAGAAAUGUAGUUUAUAUUGUACUGCAUAUCCCUGUCAUGUUACCAAACCAAA